CAACAACACAGUGCGUGCAGCACGUCGAGCUCAUCUCCUCGGCAGGUUAACCGGUUGACAAUAAGGCUGCAGUCUCAGUGGUGCCCAUCUCCGCCGCAGCACUAUCGCAGCGUGUGCCUACUAACGGCACUAAUGCUCCCUCAUUGAUUGACAUGAGGCAAACACGUUUCAUGAACUCUACUUACAUUUCACAUCGAACAUGUAUAUCAGGGUAAAUUUUGCUUCCAUGCCUCGCCAGCGCGGCUGGCAUGCUUAUCCAUGGGCAUUCCAUAUAGACUUGGACACCUACCUCACUCACACUAUCGGACGACUCGGCGUCCUGUGCAUAUUCUAACACCCUCAUUUUUCUGGUCCUACCUUCCAACCGGUUCAACAGGUUGAAUCAUUCAAAGCAUGGAAACCACAACGCAAUCAGCAACAAGCACCUCUCCCACCGUGAAUGCCUUCCAACUUGUAUUCCACAUCGAUGCCUUCUUUCUCGCACUUGCGGGCGUGUUUGCCGUGUUCGCGCUCCCUCGUGCUGUUGCACGCUUCUCCCGUGCCGCGGAAUGGCGCCAUGGACAUAUCCUCCGUGCAAUCCCGCUCAAGCGCCAAGCACCAAAGCCCCCCAUGCGCUCCGUACAAUCUCCCCCAUCCGGUCCCUCCGCAGCUGAUAACCUUACGUCGGAUGAAUCACAUACCUUUCAUUCCGAAGCGCAUCUCAUUCGACACCCAGCGGCAAAGGAAGAAGGCUGGUCACUCCCACCGCAUGUUCGCGCAUGGUCCUCGCGUGUCCCAACCUUCGCUAAUAUCCUGAGGUACAGACUGGAUGUGAGCUUCUCUCUGGGUCAGGGACUGGUCCUGGUGAUCUAUUCUGCGGCUCUGGUCUAUGCCGGAUUUCUAAAGUCAAACCCAUUUGCGGACCCGUUGCGGACCGGAUUCGUAGCGAUCUCACAGAUUCCUAUCGUUUAUCUGUUGGCGACCAAAAAUAACAUAUUGGGUAUAUUUCUUGGUCUCGGGUAUGAGAAGCUCAAUUACAUUCAUAGAUUCGCGGGGACGCUCCUCGUGAUCGCAUCCAACGUACAUUCGCUUGGUUACAUUUAUGAAUGGACGAUAGAUCUCACAUUUUCUAAAAACAUUCGCAUGCCUACACACAUAUGGGCCUUUGUUGCGCUUGUCACUGUAGAUCUUAUAUAUCUAUUUUCGAUCCCAUUCUUCAGACGACGGGCAUACAAUCUGUUCUACUUCUCGCAUGUCGUAUUGUUCAUCCUCUUUCUCCCAGCUGUUCAUGCUCAUGUACCCAGUGUCUGGCCGUACGUCAUCGCCGCCGCAGGUAUCAUCGGCCUUGACUACCUCAUCCGAUUUAUGAAAACACGCGUAUUUAAUGCACGCAUACGUCCUAUUCCCGACCUCAUGCUCACACGUAUUGAGAUUCCCCAGCUCAAUGCCGGUUGGAGGGCAGGACAACAUGUACGCCUUCGCGUGCUUUCCUCCGCCAUGGGAUGGAUCGGCUGGGCAGAGAGUCACCCAUUAACCAUUGCCACCGCUGCGAAGACACCUGAAGGCAUGGUGUUGUUGUGUAAGAAGACCGGUAGGUGGACGAGCAGAUUGUACGAUAUGGCAACAGUUGCGGGAUACGAAUCAGAUGAAGGCGCGUAUGGGAGGACGGUGCAAGUAAUGAUUGAAGGACCAUACGGCGGACCAGGUCACUGCGUGUUUGCGAGCUACUCCGCUGCGAUAUUCAUUGUUGGCGGAACUGGGAUUUCCUUUGCCCUCUCAGCUGUGCAGGACAUCCUACAAAGAGACUCGGAAGGUGCAAGUCGAGUAAAAAUCAUAGAAGUCAUUUGGAGUGUCCGAGAUUCUGCCUGUCUCACUCCACUCGUCCCUCAACUAGCGGCACUUAUCCAACAAAGCAUCUAUGCGCCACUCAAAAUAUCUGUCCACUACACACGUGCAUCCGACAACCCCCCAGGGAAGGAUUUCCUCCCACCAGGGCUCACGCUCACCGCAGGACGUCCAAAGAUCGCCAAAGUCCUUGACGCAGUGAUGUCGCGUGCGGUAUCUUACGGCUCUAAUGUCAAGUCCAGCAUGGCCAUCACAGGUGUGGUGGUUGGCGUGUGCGGCCCAACGGGUUUGGGUGAUGAUGUCGCACAGGUGAUUUCUCAGGUAGAUGCUAGAAGACGCUGGGCCGUCGGUGGGAUUGAGAUGCACGAGGAGUCGUUUGGGUGGUAGGUUGACUUACAGCCCGACGGCGUUUCUCAAGAUGGUGAGGGGCACAACAUAUUUAAUCACCCGCAGUGUAAUCUAUGUAGAUGAGUCUCGGCGAGACAAAUUCAUAUCGAGGAACGCAACGCUCUCCGCCAAUUAGGUCAUCAACCCCAGUAAUUGGGCCACCGAUCAGCCGCAAUUUGAAGAAUAAAUUGCCUCCAAAGUGCUGCCAAGCACCGACGGCAACAUUUGUCAUCGUCUGCGUGUGG